GGCACUUCUGUCGAAAACUGUCGUCAACCUCCUUCAAAGUUUACAUCGUUUUCAGACGUUGUCUAACAUCUUUAAUUAAUGGGAACAUUUUACACGGCUUCUCUUAAAUAACGCAGGACGUAAACAUAGCGCGAUGAGCUCCAAACUGCUAGCAAGUGCCGCACUGUCGGCGUCUUCCAAUAUGGUGCUACAGCUGAUGUUUCGUCUGCUGACGUUUGCGCUGAACGCGUUCAUCGUUCGCUACAUCUCGCGCGACACGCUCGGCGUCGUCAACGUGCGUCUGCUGCUGCUCUACUCCACCGCCAUGUUCGUCGCCGGGGAAGCUUUCAGACGCGCGUGUCUCGGGGCGGCGACGCACAGCUCCCCCUGGAGGCAGACAGUCAACCUGCUCUGGUGCUCGGUUCCCUUGUCGGUGCUUUGCGUGAGCAUUCUGGGAUACGUCUGGGUGUCGUGGCUGGAUCAGCCCGAUCCAGCAGACAUUCCGCAUUACGGCGUCGGUGUAGCUGCGUUUGCUGUCUCCGUUGUCAUGGAGAUGAUCUCACUUCCUCUGCUCGUCAUGUCACAGGCGAUGCUGUUCAUUAGAUUGAAGGUGGUAGUAGAAGGGAUAGCGAUCAUUGUGAGAUGUGUGUUGACAGCUCUACUGGUCGCUUUCUACCCUCACCUUGGAAUACUUUCCUUCUCUGUGGCACAGCUCGCCUACUCGUUCACGCAAAUGUCACUGUACUAUGGAUACUUCGUCUACAUCACGUCGCCACGGUCGGACGGCUCUCACGACCUCCCGUUCGCCUCCGUGAGGGAUUUCUUUCCCCGGAGCGCUCCCGGACAGGCCUGGAUCAGCGGUGAGCAAGCAGCUCUGGUGUGGAGCUUCUUUCAGCAGGGAUUCCUAAAGCAGCUGCUGACGGAUGGAGAGAGAUACAUGAUGACUUUCUUCAGCAUGCUCAGUUUUGGCGAUCAGGGCGUUUACGACAUCGUGAACAACCUCGGAUCGUUAGCGGCGCGGUUCAUAUUUCUGCCAAUAGAGGACGCUGGUUACCUGUUCUUCGCACAGAUACUUGAUAGGUCGCAGUCUGCCGUGAAACAGGAGAAGGAAUCGGUAGCACUGGCGGCCAGAGUUCUCCGACUCUUGCUCCACCUGGUGCUGCUUGUUGGAGUCGUGAUUCUCGUGUUUGGGUACGCCUACUCGUAUCUCCUGCUUGAUCUGUAUGGGGGCGCCACUCUCAGUUCCGGAACCGGUCCAAAUCUGCUGAGGUGGUAUUGUGUUUAUGUGCUGCUUAUUGCCAUUAAUGGAACCAUGGAGUGCUUUGUCUUUGCUUCGAUGACCAAGGAACAGGUUAGCAGGUAUAACGAGAAGAUGCUGGCAUUCUCGAUGAUGUUGACUGCAUCGUGGCUUCUAACUCGUCACCUAGGCAGCGUCGGCCUCAUCCUAGCUAACUGCCUCAACAUGAUGCUGCGCAUCACUCACAGUGUUUAAUACGUCUAUUCACUACUUCAAUGUCGACUGAGCA